CGGUAAUGCAGAAAGGAAUACGACGUGAAGAGAAAGUUUAUCUUCAUGCAUUCUGAAGUCUAUGAUUGUCGUGUUGGAAGUGCUCUACACUCCCAACACUUGACAUUACGAAUUAUUAAGUUACUUAUAAGGUUUCCUAAAUACAAACAUGGUGUAAGUAAUAGCAGAAGUGAAGAUGAGUAGGAUCUUAAAAACGGCCUGCCCAGAAGGCGGCCUUCAUGUCGUCGAGGGCGAGGUUUAUUUUCUGGCGGCAGCAAUGCGACGGUCCUCUCAUCAGGGUAAUGAUCGGGAUCCUCUUAUGAAAGGCUUGUCAACAUUGAAGGAAGCAUUGAAUGAGGCAAACGAUUUGUCUCAGUUGGAACCUAGUGUAUUUUUAGCUCCAUUUCUGGAAAUCAUACGUUCUGAAGAAACUACAGGACUUAUUACCAGUUUUGCGUUGUCUGCUAUUAACAAAUUUAUAUCUUAUGGCUUUGUUAAUCCUGAUCAUUCUACUAUAGCAACAUGCGUAGAAGCAAUAGCUGAUGCUGUCACUCAUGCUAGAUUCGUAGGUUCAGAUGCAUCAGGAGAUGGAGUUGUUCUUAUGAGGAUAUUGCAAGUUUUGAAAGCACUUAUGUUAUCACCAGCAGGAGAUUAUUUAUCCGAUGAAAGUGUUUGCGAAAUAAUGCUUAGUUGUUUUAGGAUAUGUUUUGAAACACGCCUUAGUGAACUUCUGAGAAGUACAGCAGAGCACUGCUUACGAGAUAUAGUGCAGCAUCUUUUCAUUAGAUUACCAUUGUUCGCUGAUGACACGAGAGUAUUAUUGAGUAUGAAGAAAAUGAGAACAAAGAGUAUGGAAAAUACACGCACUAAACAUAAAAAGAACAAAAUUCAUUCAAAACCAAGAUUAAAAUCAAAUGUAGAUGACAUCGAUGAUGAAACGCAUCUUUUGAGUUCAGUUGAUAAAGUUAGAGCAGAGCAUAUAGCAACUUCGCCUAUUACUUCAGGAGCAAACAUUGUAGAUAUGCAAGGUUCCUUAGAUCAUGGAACAUCAUCUGAUAAAAUAGAAGAUGAAAAAAAUGAGAACAAAGAAAGUAAUAAUAAAAACGACAAUGUUAAAAACGAGUGUGCUAAGGAUGAAAUUUUGGAGGAACAGAAACAAGAAAAUUUAUUGAGUGAUACGAAACAAAAAGAAGUUUGCAGUAAGAUAGAGAAAAUUGAUAGUGGUAAUGAAUCACAAAAAGAUGAAAUUUCGCAAGUAGAAGUAAAAAUCGUAGAGAAAGAUGAUAUAAUUCAUGCGGAAGUUACAUCAGAAGAAGAGUCUAAUAAUUCUUUUAAACAAAAUGUAAUAGAGAGUCAAGAAACACGAUCAAUAGAUGAGGAAAAAAGUAUUGAUACUAUACAGUCACCAGUUGGUAGUGUUGAAGAUUUAUCUAUGGACGAAAGUAGUAUUAAUACGUCUAAAAUAUCAAAAACAAAAGAACCAGAACAAAUAGAAGAAUAUAUUAAUACUCAGGGAGUUCGUUUUAUGCCACUUCAGCAAUUAGCGCCAUAUGGUGCUUUGUGUAUUCGCGAGUUAUUUAGAUUCUUAGUUUCUUUAUGUAGUCCUCUUGAUAAACAAAAUAAUGAAGUUAUGACUCAUCUGGGUCUUAACUUAUUGCAAGUAGCAUUGGAAAUUGCAGCGGAUGCUUUAUCUAACUUUCCAUCUUUGCUUUCAUUGAUGAAGGAUGAUCUCUGUCGGAAUCUUAUUUUGCUUCUCGGGACUGACAAAAUGUCAAUUCUUGCCGCAAACUUACAACUGUCUUUUCUAUUAUUUGAAUCACAAAGAGAACAUCUGAAAUUUCAAAUGGAGCAUUAUAUACUUACUUUAACAGAAAUAGUGAGUUUGGACUCCGUCGGGAUAUCAUACGGACAACGUGAAUUAGCACUUGAAGCCAUUGUAAGACUAUGGAGAAUACCAGGAUUACCAGCAGAAUUGUAUGUAAAUUAUGAUUGUGGAUUAUAUUCAACAAAUCUUUAUGAAGAAUUAAUUAAAUUUUUUUCUAAGAAUGCCUCUGCUCUUAUGGGUGAAAUGCAUAGUAUGCAAUUCAUUUCUUUGGAUGCAAUAUUUAUGCUUAUUUCCGGCAUUGAAAUUAGAUGUAAAGGUUACAAAGAAUUAUGCAAAUCUUCCAGGCAUAAUUACUCACAAAAUCUUCCAACGAAAGAAGAAUUACUUACUAGAAAAACGAAUAAAUGGUGGUUAGUAAUAGGGACAGAAAAGUUUAAUGAAAAUCCUCGAAAAGGAAUCGCGGAACUUACAGAGCAUGGGCUUUUGGGAGGCACUCUGGGACAUCCUGAUCCAGACAAAGUUGCAAACUUUUUGAAAGAAACUCGUGGACUAGAUAAAAAAAUUAUUGGCGAAUAUCUAAGUAAGAAAGAGAAUAAGAAUAUUCUUAAUUCUUUUGUGCACAGUUUCGAUCUAAGAAACACUCGGAUCGAUCAAGGUCUAAGGCUCUAUUUAGAGUCUUUUAGAUUACCUGGUGAAGCUCCACUUGUUUUUCAUUUGGUUGAAAAGUUCGCUGAGCAUUGGCAUGAAAGUAAUGGCAAACCAUUUGCUUCAACAGACGCUGCACUUUCUUUAGCAUAUGGAGUAAUUAUGUUAAAUGUUGAUCAACACAAUAAAAAUGUCAAAAAACAACAAACUCCUAUGACUGCUGAGGAUUUCAAGAAAAAUUUAAGGGAACUAAAUGGUGGUGGUGCUUUUGAUCAAGAUUUGUUGGAUGAGAUAUAUUCUUCUAUAAAGGGAGAAGAAAUUGUAAUGCCAGAAGAGCGAACUGGCUUGGUAAAGGAUAAUUACUUAUGGAGGAUGGUAUUACGUAGAGGUACUGGGCCGGAAAGUUUAUAUUUGAAAAUUGGAAAUUCCAAUGAGAUUGCUGAUAAGGAAUUGGCAGAGCAUGCAUGGGCUCCAAUUAUAAGUGCUUUGUGUAGUGCAUAUGAUAAAGCACCAAAUAAAGCUUUACAACGUAGAGUAGCUCAGGCAUUUCUUAGCUGUGCUGCGAUAAGUGCGCAUUAUAACACCAGUAGUGACUUAGAUACCCUCGUUAUCAGUCUCUGCAAAUUCACAGGGUUAGCAACAGGUAGUAAAAGCUGUUCUAAGGAAGUUGUUAUUCAUGUAGGAGAUAAUGGAAAAUGUCAAUUAGCUACACGUACACUUUUUAAAGUCAUGCAUUUACAUGGUGAUGCGUUGAGAGCAUCGUGGAAAAAUAUUAUUGAUUGUUUGCAAGCAUUGUAUAAGGCAAGAUUAUUACCAAAGAGCCUUACAGAAGGAGAAGAUUUUAUAGAUCCAUCUGGUAAAGUGUCUUUGAUUCGAGAAUCAAUAACACCGAAACAACCUACGGACAACCGAGGAAUACUAUCUAAUUUGUAUUAUUCAUAUAUCGCGUUAGAUACUUCUCGAAUGGCGGAAGCAACCGCACGAAAAAGAGCUACUGAAUUUGUAGCUAAUUGCUAUUUAAAACAAAUUAUAGAAGAAAGUAAAUUCUUACAGGUUGAAUCCCUCCGUUCACUUAUUGGUGCCCUUGUAUCUGCUAAUCCAGACGACGAAGAUAUUUCCGUUUUUCUAUUAGAAUUAUUAUUAGAAGUAACUAUUCAAAAUCGGGAUAGAGUAAUGUGCAUAUGGUCAAUAGUACAAGCUCGUCUAGAUGGUUUGCUUACUACAAGUGCUAGAGAAAAUCAUCCAUAUCUUUUAGAAAGAGUAACAGUGGGUAUGCUGAGAUUGGCUAUCAGAUUAUUACGCGGAGAAGAAUUUGCAUAUACGGUUUUACCACCUUUGCUACCUUUGACUUAUCUACCAUCCUCCGCUUGUCCACCAUUAGCAAGACAGAUCGCAUAUGGUCUAUUUGAAUUAGUGAAAACGGGUGCAGCAAAUAUUCAUAAUACGGAAGAUUGGAAAGUUGUAUUUAGUUUGCUGGAAUGUGCUGGAGCUGGCGUUUUGUCACCUAAACAGACAAAUCCUGUAGUAGAUGAAGCAGUAAAUAGUAGAGCAUCUGUCCUUGAUCUUAGACCUAUUAGUCCUGUACCGGAGUGGGUACUUGUAUCGCCAACAGGAACAGAAGCACCACUUCCGGUUGCCGCUGAUACAAUAGUUCUAGACCGAGAUCUGCAACCUCAUGAUCCUGCAGCUUUAGUCAAGUGUUGUGAAAGUUUAACUUUCUUAGUUCGAGAUGUGGCACACGUAACACCGUUUAACUUUGAGAUGUGUGUUCGUUGUAUAAGAACUUUUGCUGAAGCUGUACUUCAAUGUGCUGGGAAACGUAAUAGAGUACAUAGCAAUUUGGAAGAAAUACCUGGCUAUCAACAAUGUCCUAUACACCUUUUGGAUUUGAUGUAUACAUUGCACACAAGAACUGCUCAGAUCUUUAAAUGGUGGGCCGAGGAAAGUGGAACGACAGAGGGAGUUUCUCUGUGGCCUCAAGCUUGGAGACCUCUUUUGCAAGGAAUUGCGCGUCUAUGUUGCGAUGCUCGUAGACCCGUCCGUACAGCAGCCAUUACAUACUUACAAAGUACAUUACUCGCUCAUGAUUUGGCUCAAUUAACAGCCAUUGAAUGGUCGCAGUGUUUGGAACAGGUGCUAUUUCCUUUGUUAGCUCAAUUACUCGGACCUAUUGCGACCAAUGAUCCAAUAGGUGUUGAAGAAACAAGAGUUAGAGCUGCCAUGCUAUUAUCAAAGGUUUUUCUUCAUCACUUAACAUCUUUAUUAACCCUUCCUGGAUUUCUUCCUCUUUGGUUGACAGUACUCGACUUAUUACGUGCUUAUAUGCAUGCAGACAAUAGUGAGCUUCUGUUUGAAGCAAUACCUGAAUCUUUGAAAAACAUGUUGUUGGUAAUGUCUUCUGCAAAUGUGUUGGCACCUAGUUCCAAUUUAUGGGCUCCCACAUGGAGAGCGAUCGAUGGAUUCUUACCGACGUUGAAGGCAGAAUUAUUCCCUGAACCACCACCUCCGCCACAACCACCGCAAAUGCAGCAAGUUCCACAAGUUAUUAGUUUAAUUGGUCAACAACCUUCAUUUUCAAAAAACGUUGCUCCUCAAACAGAGCUUCCACAUUUGCAGAAGGAAAAUAUUUCUCAUAUAUCAGAGGUAAAAGCAGCUGCAUCUGAAUUCGAAGGUGUCCCACGAACCGGCGGAAUCCCUAUUCCAAUUUCUUUACCUCCACUUGCAUUUGAAAAUAAGGAAACGCUACAAGUAAUUACUUUAGUUAAUCAACCGCCACCAAGCGUAUCCAGUCCAGUUGCUGUACAACCAGCUGCUCAACGUGUAUUCGAUAUUUGUCAAAUAGUGCCACAUAAGGUAGAACCAUCUGAACAACAGCUACAUCCGCAAUCAGAAUUAAAGGAAGAAGAUAUUGACCGACUUUCAAAGAUAAAUCAAACGAAUGAAUAUCCCACAACACAAAAAUACGAAAAAUGGAUACAGCCACAUUCUUUGCAACAGCAAAAAUGUUCAUUAGAGGAUUCUUGCACACAGCCUUUCAUUUACAAACAAAAUAUGGAGUAUCAACAUAUGGCAACAGUGAAUCCCUCACAUUGUGCUGAUACAUCUGAGACGACGACAGUAGAUUCUACAGCAACAACGAUGUUUAAUUCUGCAGCGUAUUUUAGUGAGGAUCCCGCGGCGGACCGUCUGUUCGUCGUAACAAAUCCUUGACAACUGUACAUUCGUGAUAUAUAUUGUAUUAUAUAAAUAUUUAUGUAAAGGUAAAAUAAUGGUUUACAGAUGAUAAAUUUUUAAAUGCAACGGAACGGUAUUAUAUUAGAUAAUAGUGAAACCAUACAUCUUUGGCUUUUAUAUUUGGCGUAACGACGAUAUAUACAUAUACAUAUAUAUAUAAUAUAAUAAAAUUAUAAUAAUAAUAAUAUAUAUAAUUCUACUUACUUGUCUGUACAAUUUGUUAUUGUCGUGCACAUUUUAUUAAAUUUAUCCUUAGAAAUGGGCAGAUAUUUAGAUGGUUAUAAAUUUUAGAGAUAAACGUUCUUAAGUAUAUAUAUAUAUAUAUAUACGUAAUGAAUUUAGUAUUGAAUUUCGUAAAUUUUUUCGUAGGUGAUUCGUUUAUUGUUAAAGAUAGUUUGUUAACGCUCUAUAGCCGUACUCAAAAAUGAUAUUAAAACCAAAGAAAUAAAUUUAUGCACUUCAGUGAAAGUAGAGAAA